AUGUUUGGACUAAACAAGCCUGUAUUUGGUGCACAGCCGUCUUCAUCAUUCGGAGUUCCCGCUUCAAGUGCGUCGAACGCGUUUUCUUUUAAUGCAGCCAAGACUGCGGCGUCUACAGGUUUCGGUUUUGGAACCCAACCUGCGUCCACGGCAUCUACAUUUUCCUUUGGAGGUCUCUCAGCUCCAUCUACGACAAAUAUUUUCGGAGGGGCCGUUUCUUCCAAGCCACAGGCGUUCAGUUUUUCUACUUCAAAACCUUCCUCGCUGUUUGGAAAUCCGCCAUCGACAAACGCAGCCACUACAAAACCCGGCUCCUUAUUUUCGUUUCAGUCUACUCCCCAAGCACAAUCCUUUCUUGGACAACAGACAGCCAAUGCCUUCGGUAGUUUUAUGACAAUCUCUACCUUAAACUUUUCCUUCUUUAAAGAUCGCCGUUCUAUUCUGAGACAGUCUCCCAUUAAUGGGAGAUAUCAUUUAGUCGCCCAGGGCUAGACAUUUGCUAGCCCGUUUGACUUGCGAGCUAGUGCAGGGCUAGUAGCCUGGCUGGCUGACAGUGCUUGAUCUGUGCGAGGAAAGGAGCUUUUCUGCUACACCUCUUCCUUGAUGCUCAGUCGAGUGCAUUUUGCACGUCACGCUGGAGUCCCUUUGCGCAUACGCACGCAUGCAGGACGCACGCACGCACUUUGUCCGGAAUUAAGGCCCCUGUCUGGCGACUUAAAUCGCCUCGGACUACAACCCCCUCAAAUCGCCCAAGAGGGCACGUCAACCUACUAUCCGCUAGGAUUGUUGAAAAAAUCCGGUUAAUUGCAAUACUAGCCCACUACCGGGCUAGCCCUGGGCGAGUAGAAUGCUAUCAGGGUUACUGCCCGUUCACAUACCAUUGUCCCUGUGAUCAUGUACAGAGGUCGUGUUGAUGAUGCAAAAAUACCUCCAAUUUCACAAGUGAUAAAUCGUUUUCUGUGCAGGUGACCGAUAUUUUUCUUAAUCAGACAGACGCGUUCUGUAUCCGCGCUAAAUACAUUCGAGUAAUAACCGCUUAAGUGGUCGGCCGAGAUUUUUGCCCUUAAUGUGUUUGAUUUAGGUUUGGUAAGCAGGUAUUAUCUAUUUCACCGAUACUUUUUCCUGGAGUGCUUAUCUUAUUUGUCUCUUUGAAUGCGUUUUUAAAUUCGUGGCACCUGUCGCCUAAGAGUUCUCUGCAUUGCCACAAUCGUUCGGAACUUAUACUUGUUGCUGGCUUAAAUCCUCUCAUCUGUUCGGUUCCUUUAGUGAUAUUCCCUAGCCGACUCUCUUCAUCUCAACAAUGAUGAACUUUCUUAAUAUUAUCAUUGGUUAGAGAACGAGUACUUUAUGUAACUUUGGGCUCUCGGUUAUUUGUACUGGCGGAUUUUAUUUUCUUAUUAGCUUUUGUCGUCUUUGGUAUAUUGAAAAUUUCCCUCUGAAUUUGGUCUAUAUAGGCCUCCAAAAUACCCAACUACUACAACAACAACAACAGCAGCAACUACAACAACAACAGAGUUCUGUCAACGCCUUCUAUGCAUCAUUGUCACAACCCCUCCUCUUUGGUGACGAGCGGGACAACAUAAUAACAAGACUGAACCAGCUCCAAGCAAUGCUUGGCACAGGAACUGGCUAUAGCGCGCUCGGUGCGGUGGUAUAUACGAUGGAAAAUCCCUUUUCUCGGUUUCGGGGCAUCGCAUACAACGUGUUACCUGCAAGCACUGAGGCGGACGGGCUCGUGUGUCUUGAAGUCAACCUCCCUUCAUCAACCGUUCUAAGUCAGAAACAGGGUCUUCAGGACCAUCUCUUUCGGUUACUCGGCGGCCGUCAUAACUUUCAGCUGAUAAUUGAAGAAAUUAGGCCCUCAGCACGUUCCGAAACAAGCACAGAGGUCGUCAUAAAGGUUGUCGAACGACAGGCAUCAGGUAUUCUCUCCUAUUUGGCAUAUACUCCCGCGAACUAUUUUAAAGGACGAUGUUUUGGCUAUCUUGCUACCUGAUAGGGUUUCUUUGAAUGCAUGGUAAAGCACACACCUCGAGGGCCUGAGACGGUCGACUACUCAGGUUUCUCAGCGUUCGUUGUCAUUAGGUAAUUCGGGAUAUUUAAUAAUGCCUUUCCUGGUAUAUUUUAGGCUCAAUUCAUACGAUUCCAGCGAGUGAC